UCUGUUCCUCGCACGGUGAAGCUAUUAUCGCUCUAUCGGACAGUCCUCGUUGAUAAGCUGCUAGGUGCCUGAUUGGAGCAUGUAACGAUUCUUUUGUUGCUGUCUUUUCCGGACUGGUCUUCAAAAGCCAGCAGCAGACGACGGUGUGGCGCAAACCAACGGUGUGCUAACUACACGGUUAACGCCGAUUCUUCUGCACUUUCUAGGUUAAAACAGAGAGGUUCAUCUCUCGACGCUAUUUUGACGGGACACAUAAACAAGCGACAUGAGCAGCGAGAAAAUCAGGGAACAGUAUCUUCGGGACUUCGAGCCCAGGGAAUAUCCGGGGGCCAUGAGAGCGCUUACCGGCGUCCACCCGUUUUUCCAGAGGGAGCUUCACUCCAUUUUCAAUUCUCCGGUGUCUGACUCCUGGCGAACACUUCUGGAUAUUGGGUGUGGACCCAAUGUCGGCAACGUCUUCCCGGCGUCAAGAAAGAUCCGAAGCAUUGUUUUAAGUGACCUGCUUCCCAGAAGUCGACAGGAGGUAGAGAAGUGGAUCCAGAAAGCAGAUGACGCCAUGAACUGGUCCUUCAUAAGCGAACCAUUGGCCAUCUUGGAAGGGUGCAUGGACGCGAAAAGUGGAGCCGAAGACAUCGAAGAAAGGACACGCGCGGCCAUCAAGAAGGUCAUCCCGUGCAACGUCCUGGACCCGAGCGUCCUCCCCGAAGAGCACGAUGAACGUUUCGACGUAGUUUUGUCGAGCCUCUGCUUCGCGACCGCAAGUCGCGACGAAGAAACCUUUCGAAGAGUCAUGCGGAACGUCUCGCGUCUGAUUCGCGACGGAGGGCACCUGAUAUUUUGCGGCAUUGCCGGAUCGACCGAGUACACCGUCGCGGGCAUCAAAUUUCCCGAGCUCAGCUUGACCAAAGCCAUGGUGGAGGACGCAUUGAGCGGAGCGGGGCUUCAGGUGACACGCUGGAGUUCUGUCGACAAGCCCGUCUUGUCGGACAGUCCGAAACAUUGGGAUUUCGCGUUUGUCGUCCUCGCCGAAAAGUCUUAAACCACCAAUCCUGAAGGGGACGCUGGCGGCGGACAACCGAUUGACCAUGUCCUCCCUAAUGCUCCUGAAUAAAAAAGGUAGCGCCAUCUUCUCCCUCCUCCUCUGACGCGCACACCUUUUA